AUGCCUGUCUCCAUCUUCUCAGCAGCUCUCGCGAAGAUGUUGCACCUCGUCUUCAUCUUCAGCCUUUGGGCUCUGCUCGGCGCGACAUCACCACCAGACGACAAAGAGACGCUACCACUCUCGAUCGCGCGCCCGUCACGACACUGGCGGCGCCACAAGCAGGCCAAGUCCCAUCAUGAGCGCCUCGAGAAGCAAAUGCGGUUCGAUUCACCGCAAACGCACGCUUUCGAAUGGCCGGAGCCCAUCUCAAGCACGGCGUCGGCUGAGACGUCGGGCAGUACACGCAUGGCCAUCUGCGACACCGGCAUGCCGAGAAUGCUGAUGGGUAGAAAAGUUCAGCGCAAGGCUAGCCACGCGUGCUCGGUCACCAAGUCGCCUGCGCCUCUUGACGCUACAUCAGCCGAGCUCACGCCUGUUCCCGCGCCACGCGUACCAGGCUUCCUCUACUUUCAGCUCGACAGCGAGACCAUCAAGCCCGUUGUGCUCUCGUCGAAUUACACGGAUCAGCCAAGAAUCCCGUUUUUGCUGUCUGCCGCGCACGAUGCCACCCAAGUUUACAUGGUCACACAGUCAGUCGACGCCUCGGAAGCCGCCAGAGCCGAUCCCUGGCGAGCACAGACAGUCCAGCUUCGUCUGCCCGUCCUUUUGAUGCCCAACCGGACGACUUAUCAGGCCUGUGUGACUUUUGUGAGCGCUCAGAUCAACUCGUUCUCACUGUUGCCUUGCAACACGAUCGAUCCUGCUCUUCAACGCGCGCAGACCUUCCGUUUCGAGGAGUUCAAGCUUUCGCCCAGCGCCGCCGAGCGCAACUCACAGACAAUGAACGUCUUCUCGCAGGCAGGCAAGGUCGAUGCAUACGAUCUCGACAGCCAUACGGCAACGCUGAUGGCCGUCGCUGCCCUGCGUGUAGCCAAUGCGCUGCUCUGCCAGACCUUCUUCCAGCCAGACGAAUACUAUCAGACUCUCGAGGUAGCGCACAGGCUCGUGUAUGGCUAUGGCGUCAAAACAUGGGAAUGGCAAGCUAGUGCGCUGCGUUCGCCGCUUCUGCCGCUCAUCUACACGCUGCCCUACGGGCUCCUGAGGCUCCUGAGGCUGGAUCAUGUCAACCUGCUUCUCGUCGGCUUGCCAAAGGUUCUCAACGGGCUCAUCGCCCUCGCGGCAGACUAUGGAACUUACGAGCUCUCUCUACGGCUCUUGGGUCCGAGGAGAGCAGAUGCAGCGCUUUUGUGCUCUCUGGUCUCCUUUUUCAAUGCCAGCGUCACCAUCCGCUCGCUCUCAAACUCCGCCGAGACAGCCGUGACUGCACUAGCUCUGUCACUCUGGCCAUGGCAGGCUUUGGCAGGUAGUACAGAUGCAGAGGGCCUCGAUCUGGCACUCGCUCUGGCAGCAGUGGCAUGCAUCAUGCGGCCUGCAGCCACUCUUUUCUGGUUAGCGCUCGGCCUACAUCUCUUCUGGCGCUCCUCAACGAAGCUAUACGUGGCAGUCGUGGCUUCUGCGAUAGCGACAGUCUCGGUCGUGGCCUGUGUGGCAAUCGACUCGCUCUUCUACCAGCAUCUGGUCUUCACGCCCCUCAACUUCGUUCGACUCAACGUGUCGGAGGGUCUGUCGAGCUUCUACGGCGUCAACAGCUGGCAUUUCUACAUAUCGCAGGCUCUGCCGCUACUCUGCUGGGCUCUGCUACCCUUCGUCCUGGCAGGCUUUUUCACAAAGUCUGGCAAUGCUCUCGAGCACCACGCCAUCAGAUCGCUGUCACUCGCCUCUACUGCCGCGGUACUGGCAUACUCUUGCUUGGCACACAAAGAAAUACGCUUCGUUCAACCACUUCUGCCCUUCAUACAUCUACUAGCAAGUCGGGCAGUGUCGAGUCCAACCGGCAAGACCCGCGCCCAUCAACAUAUCGCCUGUUCAAUCACCUUACCAUGGCCUACUCGCAUUGCUCUGAUCAGUCUUUCGCUGGGACCUGCGCUUUACACGCUGCUUGUACACGGAAGAGGGCAAAUUGCUGUCAUGUCUUACCUCAACAGCCUACCGCCAGACGAGCUCAAAAGUGUUGGCUUCCUCAUGCCAUGUCACUCGACGCCAUGGCAAUCGCACCUCCAUAGGUCCCAUCUCGAGAUAGCUGCGCUAGGCGGCAGCGGUCUAGCCGGUCGGGCAUGGUAUCUGACUUGCGAGCCGCCGCUCUCCGGUCAAGAUCAAAGGAGCUACAAAGAUCAGUCAGACUUCUUUUAUGAAGACCCCAUCACGUAUCUCAAACGACGAUUCCCUUACCCGCCCAACGAUGAGUUUCCGCCAAGCCUCUUGCCAGAUGUGCGCUCGCUGCAAGCAAAGUUCAAGACAUCCGGCGAUUUGGGAUGGAGGCACGAAUGGCCGACGCAUUUUGUGCUGUUCGAGUCGCUCCUCAACAGUACUGCCAAUCUAGCGUGGCAAUUUCAGCACAAACAUUACGUGCCGGUCAAACGCUUCUUCAACUCGCAUGUGCACGAGGAUCCCAGGCGAAGAGGCGACAUCCUAGUGCUACAGUACAGGAAGGAUGCAUAG